UUCGAUUCAAUCGAUCCUGGAAUCUUACCUUAAUGGUCACAAGUCUGCUUCACUUUGGCUGUCUCUUAAAUAUCUAUCCAUCCAUCCAUUUGGGUUUCUUUCUAUGGAUUCAUGCGCCUCAAAUAUCAGAUUUUUCAAGCUAUCCUUUUUUUUAAUGUUCUUCUGGGCCAUUUGAAGCUUCUGUUUGGUUGCUGAGAAAAUCAGACUCGGGAAUCAGGUUGCUUGAAAGUUAAGAGGUAGCGUGGCAGGUUACAAGGAUAACCUCUUCUAAAUUCUGAGUCUUUUGCCACUUGUGGAAAAUGGAAGAGUGAAGUUAUAGUCGUUGGAUGUGGGAUUUGAAUUUAAUGCUUGAUCUGACGAUGGUGUUUGUUUCGUUUGAAUUCUCAGAUAGUUGAGAGUGAAAUGGAUGUGGGGUUUCCUGCUUGUGGCUCAAAUACUUGAAACAGAGAGUUGCCAUUGAAGUUGCAGGAUUUUUUGUUUUGAGCUAAUUUUGUUGAAGACAUGGAUCAGAUACGAAAGACAAUGAUGCAACAUGAAGCUUUGUUUAAGGAACAGGUUCAGGCGCUGCACAAGCUGUACAAUAUCCAGAGAGCAGCAAUGCAGGAAAUAAGGGGAAGAAAUUAUUCUCAGGCACGAGUGCUUGCAUUUAAUCCUGAAAGUCUUGUACUUGUGGAAAACCAAUAUUGUGGUUCUGUUUUGGAAAGGAAACCUUCGAGGCCGGUGUUUACUGCUGGUCGAGGACUUAAGAAAGAUCCAUUGGCUCUUUCUUUGCGUCCGUUUUGCACAUUCAAAGACAAUAAAGGUAGUGGCUUGCUGUGGAUUGAUGGCAUAGGAGAUGAAACUUCCCCCCCUGCUCAUAGAAAACCUGUCAGAGAUUUUGAUCUUGAAAAGGUCCCAGAAGACGAAGCUGAUGAGUCCGCUGAUCUUGAAGGAAUACCAAAGCAAUGGAAAGGAAGCAACUUGCCAGAAUCUACUGAAUUGUUUCAAGAUUUUGGAAGCAGUGAAGUUGCAUUAACCAGUCCAAAGUCAGAACUACACAAUAGUCAUGAUGACGACGUAGAUUCAUUUCCCAAAGAUCCUGUCAAAUGCUCUCAAGAUUCUUCAAUCCUGGAACCGAAACAACUUGACGAGUUCAACAUCCAAAGGUCGAUUCACUUGGAAACAAACUCCAAUCUGGCACAGAAAAAUCUGAACUUACCUGCUGUUGCGAAGGACUCGAGCAAUGGAAGCAAUAGCAUCAAAUCCCAGGACACAGAGUUCUGCAGGAAAAAAGAUACUUGUGUCAGUAGGGACACUAGUUGCAAGGAAGAUCAGGCAAGCCCCAGAAGCAAGGAAGUCUUCCUUUUGAAAUGUGAAGAAGUGCCCCUAAUAAGCCAAGAUGUUUUGAGAUCUUCAGCCUCCUCUACCCACACAGUUUAUGAAAUCAAACACACAGACAGUAAUAGUUAUUCAAACGGUGAACACGAAAACACUAUAAGCUUGGAGAAGACUCCUGUUGUAACAAAGGACAAUCAGAACAAGAAGGGUAAAUCGGUCCUUUAUGAAGAAUGUGAAAGUCUGGCAGCUGAAAUUUUGCUCAGUUUUGCACCCAAUAAAUCACAGGCUGAUACUGAAAGGCAUUCAGCGGAAGCUGAGUCAGGUAAUUCUUAUGGAGACCUUACAACUACGGAUGAGAAGCCAAGUUUGUGUCAGAAAAGAUGUGCAACCUUUAGCAGUGGUGGUAGAGUUUACGAAUCCUUGAGCUGGACACAUUCAGCUAAUAGGAUGAGGACUAUUAAAAGACACCAGCAGUAACUGGUUCCUGCUAGAAUUUUUCGGUGCAAGGUUGUUGCUAGUCUUGCUUACCUAUGUAAACAGGAAAUUAUGAAGGUCUUAGUGCAUAUUAUUGUAGGAAUUGGCACUUUGUUUGAUGUGUAUCUAGAUUGUAAAAUGCAUAUACUAAACCUAUUUCUUUUCAAGUUAUGAGUAAAGAAGAAUUGAUGUUUUUGGCUUUCAUGCUUAAA